UUUUCGAUAUAGGACUCGCAUCGAGCCAAGCCAAGUUACCUAUUCGAGUUCGAGGCAACCACCAACCAUGCAGCGACCUAAUUCCGCUUCCCAAUCAAUACCUUUCCCGCCACUAAAAUUCCCAUCCCCAAACACCAACAAACCCAAACCUGAACCCUGGCUCUGGACAUCCACAAACCGGGAUAAGCCGCCGGUUCAGUCCCUGAAUGGAAGUAAACCUAUUCAAGCUUUGUUCUGAACUCAGAGUCCUUGGCUACUUCAUGAUCCUCCUCGUCGCCGUAAUUAUCGGCUUCUCUUACUACGCCGUUGUUUUGCUCACCCGUGUCCCACAGUUACUCCACGGCGGAUUCCACUCCUUCUUGUCCUUCACCAUCAUCAUUAUAUUCCAUGUUCUGGUAAAUUUGUUUGUUAGUUAGGCAGUUAGUUAACUUUACCGUUUGCUAAGGAACUUAAUUUUUUUUUUUUUUUGGAACUUAUGCUUUUAUUAUGGAGUUAUUUUAAAGUAGUGUUUAAGGACCCUGGCUCUGUACCUGAAAAUUGGAGAGCGGUUUCCGCGGAGGAGAAUUUGGAGGUUGGUAGUUCUUGGCAGCUGAGGAUGAUGGAUUUCGGACAAGAUCACUUGGUGCUGGUGGCUGUUGCAUCCAUUGCCAGAAUGGGAAGCUGCCGCGGUGCCAUCAUUGUUCUGUUUCAAUAUUGGACACCAUAUUGUUGCUGCCUAGUUUUAUCAAUUGAUUUGAUGAAGCCAAGAAUCAUUCCUCCAGUCCUGCCAAGUUUGCAAUAAUCUCUGUGGCCUUUGGUAAGUUGUCAACUCAAGUUGAUAGAUAAUUUUUCAGCUCAACAUAUUUGUUCUGCAUUCUCAUUGUUUUCAUGUUUCUUACAGAUUCUGUACCUUGAUGGAGUUCUUAAUUUGGCUUUUGCUCUGAGUCUUCUUUGUUUCAUAGUCAUGCACGCAUUUCUUCUAUCAAGCAACACGUAUAGCUUACAACUAAUAUCUUUACGGCCAUUUUCAAUCUGUUAAGGUGUUUUUGCUACUGCUGCUUGGAGAUUUGGUAGAGUGGUGGAUGUUGAUUCUAUGUGAUAUCUUCUUUUUGUCGAGAAUCCAUAUGAAGCUCAUACUUUUAUUUUAAUUAACCACCGUUGAGUAAUGAUAUUAUCAUUGGGAUGGACUACGUUUUCUAUUUUUGGUGAAGGCUUUAUUUGAUUGUUAAUUUAUUAUAUGUUACCUUUCUGAAGCAAUAUUUUCAGGUUCGUGAGAAAAAAGCAGUCAGGUGGAAAUAUGACUUGCGCAGGAAAAAGAAUUUCGAGCAGGUGUACUUGCUUAGCAUACUCUUGUAGCUUUUUGUUUUAUUUAUCUAUGGACAUAAAUAUGAGGACAGACUACUUAUAGCAUUUGAGAUGUAUCUCGGGCUCACAGUAUGGUAUAAUUAACAGCCUAAGCGAUUAACGAAAGUCAUAAUGCUCGAGGAAGACGCUCCUUGUGUGGGCUUUUGUGGCCAUCGAAUGAGUCAUAUUAAUAGUUAGUGCUGUAUCAUGCAAUAAAACGAUCAUAUAGAUUUUGAUAUAAAUGGAUGGCAAAAGGAUUCUUUCCUCCCUCUUAAGGGACAGCAUAUUCCAACUUUUCUCAUAAUCCAUUUUCCCUGUUUAAGGUGUUUGGCACGAAAAAAAGUUUUUGGUUCUUCCCAUUUCUCUCAGAAGACGAUUUAGACAACAUAACAGACGAUUUUCCAACACUUUCAGAUGUUGAGGCUUGAGCUUUACUGAGGCUACAAUACCUCUAUUAUGUUAGUCAAAGUGACUUUCUGUGUAUCAUAUUGCAUUUUUAUUAAUUUAUGUUUAAAUGUUGAGUCUGAAAGGUACACCUCACUUUAUGUUUUAUUCUAUAUUGUCGUUAUACUGCCUUAAAGCGAAUGUAAAUAAAAGUCUUCUCGAUCAUGCUUCUUUGUUACUUAAGUUCUCCUUCAAGGAGAGGCAUCCUGUCAACUACGGGAGGAUCGUACUUAAGUUCUCCUUCAAGGAGAGGCAUCCUGUCAACUGCGGGAGGA